AUGCCCUUGAGCGGACCCUUGGGAUCGCUACCUCUUCCGUCAUUCCUGGAGAAGCGCUUCUUCUCUUCAACGCCGCGGAUACGGAGCUUGAACGUUGACAACAUCAAUCAGAAUGUGCGCAAAGCACAGUACGCCGUGCGUGGCGAGCUGGCUAUCAAGAGCGAGCAGUACCGCGCCCAACUCAACAAGGGUGAGGGCAAGGACCUGCCGUUCGACUCUGUCAUCAGUGCAAAUAUCGGCAACCCGCAGCAACUAGACCAAAAGCCCAUCACAUUCUUCCGACAAGUGGCGAGUAUACUGGAGAACCCGCUGUUGCUGGAGCAGCAGGACGUCUUGGAGAAGCAUGCUGGCUAUAAAAGUGACGUGUUUGGGCGCGCGAAGAAGCUGUUGAAGGAUGUCAAGAGUGUAGGCGCGUACUCGGCGUCACAAGGUGCGCCUGGCAUACGACAGAGUGUGGCCGACUUCAUUGAACGAAGAGACGGGUACCCUGCAGAUCCGGCCAACAUCUAUCUUUCUGCGGGAGCCAGCUCUGGUGUCAAUACCUUGAUGAACAUCAUCUGCUCGACACCUCAAACCGGCGUCCUGGUCCCUAUUCCUCAGUACCCACUGUACACUGCCACCUUGACUGUACUAAAUGCGAAAUGUGUUCCGUACUACCUGCACGAGGAAUCGAAUUGGAGCACAGACCUUGAGGGUAUAAGACAAGCACUCCACCAAGCGCAAGAUGAAGGUAUCGAUGUACGUGCUAUUGUGGUAAUUAACCCUGGUAAUCCCACUGGCGCAUCUUUGAAGCCGGAAGACAUUACCAGCGUGCUGGAGCUUGCAGCAGAGGAGAAGCUUGUUUGCAUUGCAGAUGAAGUGUACCAGACAAACGUCUUUGAAGGCAAGUUCCAUAGUUUUAAGAAGGCUCUUCGAGAUUUGCAAAAAAGCGAGAAGAACAGCAAUGGCAAGUUCAGCAACGUGGAGCUCGCAAGCUUGCACAGCAUCAGCAAAGGCAUGGUCGGCGAGUGCGGUCACAGGGGUGGGUACUACGAGAUGGUCGGAUUUGAUCCAGAGGUUAUUGCACAGGUCUACAAGUUCGUCUCUAUCAUGCUGUGCGCUCCAGUUAUCGGGCAAUGCAUGGUCGAGAUGAUGGUGAAUCCACCUCGAGAAGGCGACCCUUCAUACCCUCUCUACAGGGAAGAGUACGACACUAUUUACAAGAACCUCCUCGCUCGGGCUCAAGCGCUUUACAAGGCUUUCGAGGAGAUGGAAUGCGUUUCCUGUCAGUCUCCACAGGGUAGCAUGUACCUCUUCCCAUCCAUCACCGUGCCUCCGAAAGCCGUGGAAGCGGCGAAGCAAGCGGGAAAGAAGCCGGAUGAUUUCUAUUGUCUCAGACUCCUGGAUGCGACGGGCAUCUGCAUUGUGCCUGGUAGCGGGUUUGGACAGAAGGAUGGCACGUUGCACUUCCGGACGACGUUCUUGGCACCUGGUACCGAGUGGGUUGGACGGAUUACAAAGUUUCACCGGGAGUUCAUGGACGAGUAUCGGUGA